AUGGCUGAAGCAGCUGAGAUGACCCAAAACCCCGUGGAUCUCGGGACAGCAGCUGAUCGAGGAAGGCCUCAUGGGGAGAGUACACAAUUGCAGGCGGCAUUUCAGCCCGCCUUCAAAGCCAACGGAGAACCAGGUCCUGCAAUCCUGUCUCACAGCCGCUUAACCCACUCGCCGGCCGCAUUGACUCCUUCGGGCACAACUCCUCGAGAUGCCUCGCCUGACAAGCUUACUCCAUUUUCCACGACGUCGAGGACAUCAAGUGCCCUGAAAAAGACGUACGGUUCUGGGACAAACCUCGCCCAAAGCGCGACAAGCGAACCGUCGGCCAGCAGAAGAGAACCUGCCGAGCUGGAGAAUGUGUUGCAAAGCAACGGGACACCCACAGCAGGCAGGAAGAGUGUGCAGUUUUCUCGAGAUACCCAAGAGAUCAGUCCGCAUAGUAAUGGCCACACCACACCUCCAGCUAGCCGAGCCGAUGGUGCAGAACAGGACAAACCCCACUCCCUGUAUGCCCGAUUAAGGGCACUGGCUAUACCCCCGGGAUAUUCGUUCAGUCAUUCUCGGUCUCCCAGCGGGCUGUCCGCUGGUGGACGUUCCGUAGAAGGCAAGGAUGGCGACAACCAACUUUCUGCCCAAUCUGGCCGCAAUGAGACUGGGCUCACUGCGACCUUGGAGGAGGAUAGUGGUGCUGAUGCCGACGCCGAUGCGGAAGAGAGCAGCGCCGCAGAGAACAGCGUGUCCCAGUGGGCAACCCGAAAACGCCGGCGGAAAAUACAACGUUUUGACGACAUUGAAACUGCGCCAUCAUCUCCCCACAGCCUCAUGCCACCAGGCUUCGCAAGUGCUCCUAUCAACUCUGAUACGGAUAUGGAACGGCCUCGUGCACUGGUCAGAAGGGCCACGGAUACCGACAUGGUCAAUUGCCCCCAGGGUGUCUCUGAGGAUGAAGGGCGCAAGCAACUCUCCAACAACAGCAGUGGUUGGACACCUCGUCAUCCUCUCCGAGGUUUAAGCUACGGCGGUCAAAGAAAGCCCGGUGAAACUACACCAGAAGGACUAAGAAGACCACUGACCCUGUUGAAUUUUGCCAAUAUCACUUCCUCCCGAGAAGCUGGCCCAAAUGAAGCGCAAACACCGAAGACUCCAUCUCGCCGAAAGAUCCUAGCUGAGCGAAGUUCCACAUUGAGCGCUGCGAAAUGGAGGCAACUCAAGAACAGUAUCAAAACGCUAGGUCAGGGCAGGAAAAAACCGCCCACUCCCGAAGUUCAAAGAUCGGCUGCCCUUCUCGCUGAAUUGGCUGCCGGGGCUCCUGCGGCUUUGAUGCUUGCCAGUAUGUUCCAGCGCGACGAACACAACCAUAGGAGGGUACCGGUCCUUUUGGAACAACUCAAAGUGCAAGUAACGGACAGUGAGGUCGAUCAGCACAAAAGUAAAGAUGAGAAGACCAUCAAGGAGUCCGACGAGGACAAGGUCCUACGACAUCUGAUCUUCAAGAUCGAAUGCGAAUAUGGCAACGGGGCUAACCGGAUGAAGUGGGUGAUCAAACGAUCUCUUGGAGAUUUCUCCAAAAUGCAUAUCAAAUACAAAGCCGCCUAUAACACUGGGAGACUUAGAUCAAGAGGCGAAGGGCGGAAGAAACUGCCCAAGUUCCCACUGGAGGUGUUCCCAUAUCUGAAAUCUCUCAUGUUCGCCGAUGAAGGCGAUGACGAAGAGGCUGACGCUGGCGACGAUACCGAUCCAGGCACAGCAACUGACACCGAACGGCAAACUCCUCGAGGCCAGAAUCGACCAGGAACCACGCCAAAACGACGGAAAUCAAGCGUGGCAGGGCUCCACGAUCCCGUAACUCCUGGGAGCACGCGUCGCGAGAUGUUUGCCGAGCGCCAGCGUAAGACCCUGGAGAAAUAUUUGCAGCAGAUGAUACAGUUUUUGCUGUUCCGCCCCGAGAGCAAUCGCCUGUGUAGAUUCCUGGAGAUAUCGGCUCUCGGUGUACGUCUUGCUGCUGAAGGAAGCGAACAUGGCAAAGAAGGCCUUUUGCUUAUCCGCUCGGCCAAAGGCCUCGAUUUCAGAGCAUUGAACGCUCUCGAGUUCAAGAAGCGACAUACCCCCAAGUGGUUCCUGGUCAGACACAGUUAUGUCGUCUGCGUGGACUCGGCGGAGCAAAUGCAUAUUUAUGAUGUGUUUUUGUUUGAUUCAGACUUCAAAAUACAGUCCCGAAGGUUACGGUCGAGCGAUCAGAGGAGUGCAAAGGAGCUGGCAGAGGCAGCCAAGGAAUCUGCCAAACAUCCUCAACACCAUCGUCUCAAAUUGGUGAACUCCGAAAGAAAGUUGAAACUCAUCUCUAACAACGAACGUCAGUUGCAACAAUUCGAGGAGUCCAUAAGAGAAAUGGUUGCGGGAUCACCCUGGGCAAAAAUCAACAGAUUCGACAGCUUCGCCCCAGUGAGGCCGAAUUGCUUCGCCCAGUGGCUUGUCGACGGCAGGGACCACAUGUGGGUAGUGUCUCGCGCUCUGAACCAAGCCAAAGAUGUUAUUUAUAUCCACGACUGGUGGCUGAGCCCCGAGCUAUACAUGAGGCGGCCUCCUGCGAUCAGUCAGAAAUGGCGUCUUGAUCGAUUGCUAAAGAGGAAAGCUGAAGAGGGGGUCAAAAUCUUCGUCAUCGUUUAUCGCAAUAUUGACGCGGCUAUUCCAAUAGAUUCCCAGUACACCAAAUUCUCCCUCCUGGAUCUACACCCGAAUGUGUUUGUCCAGAGAUCACCCAAUCAGUUUCGACAAAACACAUUCUUCUGGGCGCACCAUGAAAAGAUCUGCAUUGUUGACCACACCGUAGCUUUUGUUGGAGGGAUUGACUUGUGCUUUGGCAGGUGGGAUACUCCCCAACACACGCUCGUCGAUGACAAACCCACCGGCUUCGAGCCAAGUGAUGAGCCCAAGGAUGCGGACCAUUGCCAACUGUGGCCGGGAAAGGACUACUCCAAUCCACGGAUACAAGACUUCUAUGCGCUUAACAAACCAUACGAAGAGAUGUACGACCGUUCCAGGGUAGCCAGAAUGCCGUGGCAUGACAUUUCAAUGCAGGUGGUUGGACAACCAGCUCGCGACCUGACCCGACAUUUUGUCCAAAGGUGGAAUUAUAUUUUGCGACAACGCAAACCGACACGCCCUACACCAUUUUUACUGCCUCCUCCGGACUUUAACCCAGCCGAUCUGGAAGCCCUCGGUCUCGACGGAACAUGUGAAGUCCAGAUUUGUCGCUCUGCCGGUCCUUGGUCAAUGGGUACUCCCGACAAGACGGAGCACAGCAUCAUGAACGCCUACAUCAAGCUGAUUGAAGAAUCCGAGCACUUCGUCUAUAUUGAAAACCAAUUUUUCAUCUCCAGCUGCGAGACGGAAGGUGCCACGGUACACAACAAGAUCGGUGACGCUCUUGUGGAACGCAUCACUCGCGCCAGUAAGAACGGGGAGGCUUGGAAAGCUGUGAUCAUCAUUCCAUUGAUUCCUGGUUUCCAGAAUACGGUCGAGGAAGAAGGUGGGACCAGCGUGCGGUUGAUCAUGCAGUAUCAAUACCGCAGUAUUUGCCGCGGAGAAUCUUCCAUAUUCGGCCGAUUGAAGGCUGUCGGCGUUGAUCCUGAGGAGUAUAUCCAGUUCUACAGCCUUCGGCAGUGGGGACGAAUUGGCCCUCGGAAGACGCUUGUGACUGAACAACUCUACAUCCACGCCAAAUGUAUGGUGGUGGAUGACAGAGUCGCAUUGAUCGGAUCCGCGAACAUCAACGAACGGUCAUUGCUCGGCAAUCGUGAUUCCGAAUGUGCGGCUAUUGUGCGUGACACAGAUAUGGUCUGGUCGUGGAUGAACGGCAAGCCUUAUCAGGUUGGUCGGUUCCCGCACACGCUGCGCAUGCGUCUGAUGCGCGAACAUCUCGGCCUGGACGUUGACAAAAUCAUGGAAGACGCACAAGUGAUGGAAGUCGAACACAACAAAAUGCACUCCUCGGGAAAGUCAGUUCGAUCAGAAUCCCCGGAGGACGCUUUCGGAAGUCCUCUCUCAGAAGCGGAUGAUGUGCUUAGUCCUCUACAUGGGCAAGAUACGGAACUGCAUGAAGAAUUGCUUCAACGCACCGAGGAGUUCAGGAGCUUCAACCAUGAUGUCGAUUGGGAACAACAGGGCAACCCUAACCUCAAAUCGAAGAGAGCCGGCGUGACUCAAGACCCGCGCGUUACUGGCGACCCCCACCACAGACAAGAUGUGGAAGGGCACGGAUUUGACAGGAUGGCCGAGAUCGCCGCCAAAGGGCUGGGAGAUGGACGAGACAGUACGCUCGUCAAGGGGAACAAGGAGGUCCUGUUCUCCAGCAUUGAUCCCGAGGGCAAGGCCGCUUUGGAAGAUCCACGAAAACAUGGUGAGCAACUUCGGCUGCCAUCGUAUGUGGUCAAAAUGGAGACACCAAACCCUCCACUCCCUCCCAAACCCGGCUUGAACCGAAUGGACACCAUGCAGCUGGGCCUGCCAAUGUUGUCGCAGCUACCUCCUCUCCCCGUGGGAGACGACUCUGACAUAGGAGGUCCUACACUUACCAAAGUCGGUUCCAAAGACUCGGUUCGCCCUCGUCACCCGCUGAUGGAUGAGCUGCGACGGCCGCUGGUCGACCGGGAUUCGAUGACGGAUCCCAUCCACGACGCCUUCCUCUACGACACUUGGCACGCAGUCGCAGAGAACAACACCAAGAUAUACCGCAGUGUGUUCCGGUGCAUGCCGGAUAAUCAAGUGCGCAACUGGGACGAAUAUCAUCAGUAUGUGGCAUACGAACAGCGAUUCAACCAAUUGCAAGGAAAUGACCUCCCUAAGGAGGACAAGGUCUCGGACCCUUCUCGAGCUGGAUCUGUUUCUAAGAGCGGUCCACCAGGCGCCGGGUCUCGACAUCCGGCAGCCCAGAUUAAAGCUGUGACUCACGUUCCCACCGAUAUUGAAAAGACCACGGCCGAUAUGAAGGACAAAAUCAAGAGCGUCCUCGGAGACAAGUCGAGCCAUUCUCAUGAGGCCGCCGAAAAGGAGAAACUCCGGCGCUGGGCCGCGGAGAUCAAUCAAGCGCAGGCUGACAGACACGGGAUGCCCACCCUGCACCGACAAGAAACGUUGACGGAGGAAAAGGCCGGGCUACAGACGGUCCCCGAAGGACAGACCAUGAUCGACGAAGGCAGCGGCACCGGUGAAGACGAUGACUUCAGCACGGAGCGACCCCUCAGCAGUCUGAGCUCAACGGCGGUGGACAAGGAGAAAGCAACAGCUAAUGGCAGUCCAUCAACCGCCAACGGCGCCUUUGUGGGGUAUUCGGACGCGAUAAAUCAGAAUGCUGCCCAGUCCGCCGCCAACAUUGGUGGAAGUGGUCGCCGACGCAGAAGAGCUACCACUAGGUCUAGUAGACGGGACUUCAGCGCGAGCGAUGACAUCUUGAGCAUCGAAGAGGCGGAAGAGCUGUUGGGCUGUGUCCAGGGGCAUCUUGUGGUCUGGCCUUACGACUGGCUGGAGAAAGUUGAAGCUGGGAGUAACUGGUUGUUUCCCUUUGACCAGAUCAGUCCGAUCGAAAUCUAUAUCUGA